CUGGGUGGAGAUAAACACACAGCCGUGGUCACACAGACUGCCUCCCCGUAGGUUGGGGGAUCGAUGUGUAGGGAUCGCGGUGGGCGCUGGGCCUCGGACUGAGGAUGGGUUUGGGUCGGCACAAGCUGGUCAUCCUGCUCCUGGUUCUGUCCAUCUCCCUCCUCCUCUACCUGCUCCUCCCCACCGCAAGGCCGCAACCGGAGGAGCCCAAGCUGGAGAUCCCGCGCUCUGACCCGCAGGACAACAUGAACGUCACCGUGAGGACCGCCACCCUGUCCGGGGACUGGCCCACCUUCUACCGGGAGGCCGUGCCGCGGAGCGCCCUGGAGGGCGGCCCGGCCGAGAGGUGGGCGCUGGGCCUCGGACUGAGGAUGGGUUUGGGUCGGCACAAGCUGGUCAUCCUGCUCCUGGUUCUGUCCAUCUCCCUCCUCCUCUACCUGCUCCUCCCCACCGCAAGGCCGCAACCGGAGGAGCCCAAGCUGGAGAUCCCGCGCUCUGACCCGCAGGACAACAUGAACGUCACCGUGAGGACCGCCACCCUGUCCGGGGACUGGCCCACCUUCUACCGGGAGGCCGUGCCGCGGAGGGGGGGAGGGGACAGUGAAAAAGCGGUGCUCCUGCUGCACGGCCGAUCCUUCACCUCCAAGACUUGGGAAGAUCUCGGCACGCUGCAGAUUCUCUCUGAACACGGAUAUCGCGCCGUCGCCGUCGACCUGCCAGGAUACGGCCAAUCGCUGCAAUCUCAGCCAAUGUCGUCGGAGAAAGGACGCACGGAUUAUCUGCUGCACAUCAUGGAGUCCCUGGGGACCCGCCAGCCGGUUCUCAUCAGUCCAUCCAUGAGCGGCCUGUUCUCCUUACCCCUCCUCCUGCAGCACCCGGACCGCCUGCGCGGAUUCGUCCCCAUCGCCCCCGUGGGGACCAAAAGCUUCAAGCCGCAGCAGUACCAGCAGAUCCAGGUUCCCACCCUCAUCGUCUACGGCACGCUGGACACCAAUCUGGGCAGCCAAUCCCUGGAGAGCCUGCAGAUCCUGCCCAAUCACACCCUCAGCCCGCUGAAAGAGGCGGGGCAUGCCUGCUACAUGGACAGACCCGAAGAAUUUCACUCCUCCCUAACCUGCACAGAAUGUUCUGUGGACUUUGAUUCAUCUUCUUCGGGGCCAGAUAACCGCGCGGGACCCAGGCUGAAAAUUGUCAGCCGAAAAAUGACAGCCGCCAAUCAGCAGCUGUCAGUGAUCAGGCGCCAGCUGUCAGAAUGCAACAGCCCAGCAGAGGAGAUUCGUCCAUUUGAGCCAUUUAGCAGACUUCAGCCUGCGGACCAUCAAAAUCAUAAAUGUCUGAAAGUAGACAAUCCCGGCGCGUCCUCUGCGAAGGAAUUAUGA